AGGAGGAAGGAGGCAACAAGCGAGCCGGAGAUCGCAGGCUAGGAGGACGCAGCUCUCCAGCGCCCCGGUUGGAGCCGGGCGGUCUUUUGUCUGGAGCCCAACGGCGGCGGCUGCGCCUGCUCGCCCGGCGGGGGACCCGGGAAGGCACCUGCGAAGAGCCUCAACCCGGGUGUUGGGGGAAAAAAGGGGCGUCCCCGACGCGUAUCUGGCCAGCUGCGGCGCAAAAGCCCCCCCAAACCGCUCGACACAUUGUUUUUUUUUUCCCAGAAAGAGACUAGAGGGAAUCGACCGUUAAGGUGGACUGGCUCUUUUAAGGUGGCGCGUGUUUUUUCAAGGUGGAUUUGACAUCCAGAAAAAGACAGUCGAUGGACGAAGCCCAGCUGGGAAUUCAGAGCCAGAAAUUUAGCAGGCGAGAAUUGGACAGGCGAGAAGAGCCAAAGAAGGACUUAAAAGACAUGGAAACUGUUGGGAAAUUUGAAUUCAGCCGGAAAGACCUGAUCGGCCAUGGAGCUUUUGCGGUGGUUUUCAAAGGGAGACACAAAGAGAAACCUGAACUAGAGGUUGCAAUCAAAUGCAUUAACAAGAAAAACCUGGCAAAAUCCCAAACCCUCUUGGGGAAGGAGAUUAAAAUACUCAAGGAACUGAAACAUGAAAACAUAGUGGCCUUGUAUGAUUUCCAGCUUCCUCAGCACCUCUACGUGAGGCAACUCCACCAAAGCCACAAGAUAGAGGAAGACAGAGAAGGGUUCUCCCUUCUCCGGCAUCAUCUACCCUACUGCCUUGGGACACCGGACCUCGAGAACGACCACGUCCACAGGCCAUGA